AGAGAGAGAGAGAGAGAGAGAGAUGUAAAUGCAGAAGUGAGUUAUCUGCGAUGGGCAUGCACCACGUUAUUGCGGCUUUCUGAAUGGGGAAAAAGUGUACAAAGUGUUUUGUUCUUUGACCCGACGUUAUUCGUCCAAUAUUUAUUCGCGAUCGUUUCUAAAAGAUAUUUUUAAAAAGAUACUUUGUGAAACGCACUCACUGUCAUAAUAGACGACAAUGUAGCCGUUACAGCCGGCGUUCUGAAAACUAAAUUAGCGCUCUUCUUGCUAACGAUCGCCUACUGUUCAGAAAAAGAAAAUCUGCCUCUCUGAAACUGGUAGUGUAUAAUUGUUAUCAAUCAAAUCCGACAGUUCAUGUGCAGUACCAUCUAUUUCGGACACACGGCAAAAACAGCUCGCUUUUCAAAUAUAAUGCGAUGUCUUCUUUCGAAAUAUCCUGACCUACCGUCCUCAGCAGCGGUCGGAUUGAUGCAUAAGUGUGAGUGAGACAGAGUUACUGUUGUUGAUUUUUGUACGGGAUUUCGCGUGAGUGUGAGAGAGAAAAGUAACCGGGGGGUGCGGGCGGAGUGCCCAGCAGCAGGUCCAACCAGAUAAGGAGACAAUAGCUGCAGACACACCCCUGAAAUACAAAACUGACACCUACGUUAUCGCUCUCUCUGCUGUGACCCGGGUGUUGAAAGGGGUGGGGCAUCGGCUCCUAUGUUCUAGUCACACUAAAAAGCAUAACAUGGGGGUGAAAGGAUGUAAUAUAUGAGUACAACACACAACUGGACCUAACACAAGACCAAUUAAAAACUACGAGACGAAAAAUUUGAGUUUCAUCAUUGAUUGAACUUGACAACAUAUUGGUCUUUUAAGGUUGUACUAGAAGUACGCGAUUUCAAAUAUCACAACUUUCCACUUAUCUUAUUUAGAGUUAAAAAACAUUGCGACCCAAAAACCCAACAUAUUUGUCAAAAAUAAAAAAAUUCGAAACUCUCAAAUGGGCCGUUUGCUGAAAAUCACCAUUAUAGUGAAUGCCACCCCAAUCCCACAGGGGGAGAUGAGUUUCUUUUUCGGAGCGCUUCCGCCGUGUGUGUAGGCGACCGCUGACCUGGAGCUCACGGGUGUCGUGCGGGACUGCCUACCCGCCAGGUGCUACCGCCUUGUAGGUAGGCGACCGCUGCUCUUGCACACACGGGUGUCGUGCGGGACUGCCUACCCGCUCGCUGCCCCAGUGUGUGUGUCUGUCUUUGUCUCACUCAUUGAGGUGCCACUGGGCGUGACAAAGACAGACACACUGGCCGGCGACCGAGCGCUGAGCAAAGCUAGCCAGCGGCGACAGCAGUGCGGCCUUGCAUGGGUCAGCCGCUGAGGCACCAGUACAUCUAUCUCUCUCACUCCUUUUCCCGAAGAGCUUGUAAUGCGUGUGGCCUAUGCAUGCAAUGCUUGUCGGAUAGCUCGAGUUUGAGACCCCUGGACUAGAAAGUAGCAAUAUUGCGAAUUUUGCGAAUAUAUUCUCAAUAUUGAGAACUAGUUUUUCACCUCGACAUACUUUGGCUUCUGAUAUCAGAGGUAAAUAUCCGUUUACUAAUAUUAUAAGUUCCCACUGAUAUCACCCUUCUUAUAAGUGCCCAAUUGUCACAAGGCUGAUAUUCACUACUGACAUAAACCUACUGACUCCCUGACCAGGUCAGGUGUGUGAUGUUGCGUUAAGCUUCCAGCUACUCGUCGUGCCCGUGACAUUGAACGACAUUCACGCAUGACUAAAGGCGCCAGUACCAGCGCAUUAAGUGUACAACAUUUUUGUUGCAUCGGUUUGCACAUAGCGCAGCGCCGCCUGGCCUCCGCACUGUUAAAAAUAACUGUCACCUGACGACAUACUGCGGAUUGGCACUCCUGUUAUGUAACAGAAAUGUUGUUUUCAUUUGAACACUCUCGAAACAACCAAAACUACUACGUAUUACUUUGCUGAACAUUUACAAGAAAAGAUAAGCUAAUUUUGUUAGCAGCGCAUUGCGUUCCGAAACAGGACAGUCGUAUUAUUACAAUUUUUUUUUACAAGAGCAAAACAAAGCAACUUAUUUCGGUCGGAAACUUUGUUUCCGAGAUUUUCAUUAACGCUGCUUUUUUACAGUAAGGCCUGUAAAAAUACAGUAAGUGCUGCUAACAAAAUUAAUCACAUUUUCGCUGUAAAUUCACAGCAAUUUUUUUAGCAGUGGGGUCCGGCGGGGCGAGUGGGACAAGCUUACAUACAGGCCACCCGCCGGAGGAGACGCCACUCAAUUCCCUGACCAGCGGCGCCUAGACCACACAACCCCCCGUCCAGCAUUAAAAUACGUAUUGGUAAUAUUGGGUGUGUUAACCUUAUUGGAUAAAGUCUCCCAGCCGUAGGCCACCCGCAACAACUAUCACAGUGGUGGCAGGAAAAUUCGAAUUAUGUCUGCUUUUCCCCGGAUCGGCCGCACUGUUCAGCGGUUCUGGUGCCUUAGGCUUCGCCACGAUGCCGUCUGCGUCCAUUCGGACCUUCCGCGUAGUCCACCGUGUCGUCGGCUUUCGUUGUUCGCCGGUCCGAAAUGGACGCGUGCUUCGUUCUUCCGAGCACUGUUCCCUCUCGUCGUGUGCAUUUUGCCGUCAUGGUUGGUUGCGUCAAAAUAAGAGGUGGGCUACCCGACCGACCGACUGACCGACCAACCAACCGACAACCUCAGAACAACUAAAAUUUCGUAACAGGGGGGUUUGCGGGGUUUGCUGGCACGUCUAGUUCAAAUCUGGCAGUGCCGAGGUCAUCCGGGCACCCGGGGGCGUCAUCAGGGACCUCCCGAGCACGCGGAUUUGACGACACUCCCACGACGUCUCCGAAUCAGCUGAAAUUUGGAAAACGGGGACACUGUGAAAAAUAGUAGUAAGGUUUACAGGAAAAUUUUCCUUGACGCAAGUUGUAAAACUACAAUAAAAUUACACCAGACUAGAGCGCGCGUGCACACAGACACUCACACAGACACACGCACACCUACACACACACACACACACAUCACAUAAGACGACACACUCAUUGCCUCAUUGUCUCACUCACUCACAACCAGCCACUCACAUACUCGACUCCAGCCGACCAGGACGCUCGCCUCGAAUCACCUCUCCGUCACCGUUCCCCGGCUGCUCAUCAUUCUGCCAAUCACUUCCCUGCGACAUCACCUGGACCCCACACUUCCAGUCGGACUCCACGCUCCAAGUCCACGCUCACGCUCGCAUCAACCUUACAGUAGAUAUUGGUUUGUGCCAUAACCGAAGUGCUUCCCAUCCUUCUGCGAGCAGAACCGGGAACAGCAGAUUCUUCCGAGAUCAUCUCGAUAUCGUUUUGACAUCAAUUUCUAACUCCGGACUUGAAGGGUUUCAAGUCCAGAGGGAGUCAUCGGGCUGCAGGCACGCCAGCAGUCUUGUCUCAGUCGGCCGGCAGUGGUCGUCAGGAGAGCCCCGCGCCAUGAUUCCGAUCACCGCCGCGCUGCUCUACGGGGCCCUGGUGGCCGCGGCCGUGCUGGUGGCGCGGGCCUCGCGCGCCCUCUACAAGUUCCGCAGGCUCGAGCAGGACAUCCCCGGGCCAGCGUCCCUGCCCGUCCUCGGCAACGCCCUCGACCUCCUCGGCCUGUCCCACGAGGGCGUGUUCCCCGCGCUCAUGGCGCUGUGGGGCGGCCGGCGCACCCUGAGCCGCGUCUCCGUCCUCAACCACCUGCACGUGUUCGUGACGGACCCCGUCGACCUCGAGGCCGUCGUCAAGCGCAGGGACCUGGCCGACAAGCCCCGCGUCUUCUACGAUCUGCUCCGGGCCAUCGCGCCGUACAACGUCAUCUUGAUCAACGGCGAGCUGUGGCGCCGGCACCGACGCGCCCUCGAGCCCGCCUUCCACGUCGAGAUCCUGAAGAGCUCCGUCGAGCACUUCGCGGAGGAGGCGCGGGGCUUCGUGGAGCGCGUCGUUCCCGGGCAGGAGGUCGACGUGCGCGAGAACACGAGGCGAGCGAUCAGCAGGUGAAGUACAGCGCCUUCCCGAGCGCUCUUUUUGCGUUUCAGGUGCCGGGACUAAGAUUCACAAUUUAAAUAUUCCCGAAAAGUAUAUUUUACAAACUUUUAAGAUACAAUUUUUGAGAAGUCCGAAAUAUUUCCUUAAAAGUUUUAUUUUCUUCAA